CAUUCCAACUCCUCUACUACUUCUCUUCGAAGUUUAUGACGUGAACAUGUGGAACAGACAGAAAUCCGUGGGCUAUGGUUUCACGCACGUCCCGUUUACUCCAGGCUGCUACACAGAUGAUGUGCCGACUUGGCGCCCUCACGUAACAGAUACCAGCCUUCAACUUCGUGAAUAUUUUCUGGGCUUAGCUCCACAGAUUGAAAACAUCAAGUACGCUGGAUUUCCUGAUGAUGGUAAUAACGAUACGACAGUUUUGGGUCGUUUUCCGUUCAGCACGGAGACGUCAGGCUCCGUUCAGGUACGGUUUGAUACGAUGAUCCAAAGAGGUCGGAAUGUGCUGGAACAGGAGCAAAUUCAGACAUCCAUCAACCUACACAGACCGUCAGCAACGAGCAACGCCGUAGAGGAGGUGAUCCAAACGUACCACAGAGCCAAGCAGAGAUUAAAAGCUGCUCACGAUGCACUUUUGAGAUAACACUGCAGAUAUUAGCGCGGUAUGAAGCUAUAUCAGGAUGGACACGAGCCAAGAAAAGAUUUAUUGUGUCCCACGAUUCGCAAAAGCUGAAAUUGUAGUUUUUUAGAUAUAUACCUCUUCGCGUCGAGGAAUAAAACACAGCGAAAGUAUU